CUCCGACGGUCUUACGCUGGAGACUAAAGAUGCGUCAUAUGCCGAUUUAAUUGGAGAUGCGAAGAUUCUAAGUUUUUAUGAUGUUAUGAUCGUCAACGCCAUGUACAACUGCUCCGGUAACUGUCAACAUAAAAUCUGUCCAGAAAGAGGGUUUCUUACAGACUCGUGUGUAUGUUUCUGUCCGAGUCCUAAAAAUGAAACAUGGAUUACAUGUCCAGGCGAGAGUUGUCAAACCCCGGUUAUUGACACCAUUGUAUACACCGUCUAUAAUGAAGACUUAACCGAUACAUAUGUGGAAGAAGAACUUUCCGGAAUCGAGUUCCCGAACGGUUCUGUUCUUAGAGUAGAAGAUAAUAGGUGUUCAUCUAAUGUAGACAGAUUUAGAAACUACACCUGUAAGGAUGGUCGAUGGCUUUCAAGUUUAAAUGAGUGCAAAAAGGAGGUAUGCCGAUUACCAUUCGAGCUUGAACCCAAUCUUACAUUAUUUGACCUCAGAGAAGGGACAUAUAUUUCUGACACCACUCAGGGUGACAUCAAGAAUGGUUCCAGUCUAGAGUUUCAUUGUAAAUCAGUCGGGGAAACCUAUUAUGAACCUAACCGACGAGUGUUCGAAUGUGACACAGGCUCGUGGGUUGUAAAGUUAAAGCAAGGUGAAGAAUAGGGCUUUGAAAACAACGGGUCCUUCCCUAAAUGUCGACCAGCGGUGUGUAGCGGUGGCUGUUUUAACGGUGGAAGCUGUAUAGCAUCGGACAUGUGUACAUGUGCGAAUGGAUAUGAGGGGACAAACUGUCAGCAAGAGACAGGAAGCUGUACUUUGAAGGCAGGACAAAAUGUGGACUACUUGCACAUGGCGAUCAACAACAAGUUAUCUGAGGGGGAAACGGUUUUUAUUUUCUAUACCAAUAUAUACUGAAGUCAAAACGCUAUAAAAUACAUAUGUAACAGCAGGCAAACUUAUGCAUUAUUGAAACGCAUUUUACUACCUCGCUAUCGGUAUUUACUUGUGUCCAAUCACUAACUGAAUCAUCUCUACUUUCGUAGAUUGUGAUUAAAUG